UUUUGACAUAUUUUGGCAUUUUGUUCGAUUGUCAUUUUGUCUAGGUGACAUUUUGUCUUUCUGUCGAUUGGUAUUAUGUCUUUGUGACGUUUUGGGGUUUUUGUACAAUUGGUAUUUUGUCGUUGUGGCAUUUUAACGUUUUUAUUCGAUUGGCAUUUUGUCCUAUUUUAGGGUUGAUGACAAUUGUCAUUUGGUAAUAUUUUCCUAAGGUUGACAUUUUGUAUAUUAGGUGUUCUCAGUUUAUUCCUCUAAUUGCCUGCAUUUUUUAUUUUUUAAUACUCUCUAGUUUAUUGACAUUUUGAAAGUGGCCAUUUUACCGUAGUCUAGUUGGUAAGAGAACUAGUUGGGAGAAGAGCUAUUGACGUUUUGGCCUACUCUACACUAAAAAAUCUAUUGACCGAGAAGGAUGUGACCAAGUUUGUUGGCAUAUUUCUUCACAAAAAUUUGUGUUGAGAAUCAUUUUAUUUUUGGGCCUUUUCUCUUUUUAACCUUUUUUUUCUUGUUAAUUUUUAGAUUUUUAAAAUGAAAGAAACUGCUGAUAUUAAACAAAGUCCAAGUAUUAUUCGUCCAAAAUUAGAACAAAUCCAACGACGUUCGUCACCUAGAAAACGUCCGGCACCCAAAAUUGAAGAAUCUGAACAUGUUGUAGUUGAUGAUAUUAUUGAACCUGUUGUGCCUGAAAAACAACAAAAAACGGAGGAGGAGGUCCCACAACAAAAACAAGAAGUAGUUGAAUUUGUGAGAGGAUUUACUAACAAGGGAGCAAUUUGUAUUUGGCAUAACGGAUUUCGCUAUCACAAACAUUAUGGAACUUAUUGGCGUUGUAGUAACCGCAAAUGUCCGGCAAAUGCAACAGCUUCUGAACAAGAAGAUGGCAAAAUUGUUGGAAGAGUACGAAAUACGCAUACUCAUUUACCUCAACCUGAGCAAAGAUUGGCUGAAAUUAAACGUCAAGAAUUACGACAACGAGCUAGAGAUGAACCUCAUAUAAGCAGGGCAACUUUAAUUGCAAGUAUUCGAGCUGGAAUUGAUGAUGAAACUUUUGUGGCUUUGGGAACGGAUGCUUCUCUUUCGCAUAUGGCUUAUAGAGAAAGGAUCAAACUUUAUGGAAAAGUUCGCCCAAAUUUAGGAUUAUCGGAUGUCUUGGAUGUAAAAUUGCCGCCUGCUUUAACCGAAAGACAGGGCCAAUCGAUAUUUUUGUAUGAUUCAAGGACUGCUCGGGCACGUGAUAAAGAUGCAGUUUUUGUGUUUGCACAUCCAUAUAUGCUUCAACAACUUGCUGGUCAGACUACUUGGGCAAUUGGUUCAUCUUUUAAAUUGGCCCCAGUCCCUUUCAAACAUUGUUUUGUUAUUGGAGCACUUUUUAGAAGCCAAUUAAUUGUUGCAGCACAUGCACUUUUGACUGAAAAUUCUGAGCAAUCCUAUAUUGAAGCUUUGGAUGCUGUUGCUUCUGCUAUUAAACCUGCAAAACCUAGAAGAAUUAUUACUGACUUUGAAAAUGCAAUGGUUGUAGCAGCACAAAAUGUUUUCCAUGAUGCUCACGUGACUGGUUGUUACUUUCGAUUUGCUCAGACAUUAUUUAAAAAAUGGACUGAAUAUAAUCUUGGAAUUAUUUAUGGAAAUGAAAAAAGUCAAGCUGGAAAUAUUGCGAGGAUGACAUUUCGUCGUUUGCUUUGUCUUGCACUCAUUCCAAUGGCUUAUGUUAACAGAGCAUUUUAUGUAAUUACUGAAGCUGCACAACUUUCACAAUUAUCCGAAUUUCUUUUUUAUUUUAAACGAACAUUUAUUGGACUUACUGAACAUGAAUAUCAAAUGAAAGCAGAGGCAUUUGGAUCAAAUUUUGGACAAAACUUAAUUUAUUCGGCACCAGAUGAAGAGGAGGAGGAGCAGCACGUUUAUGAAGAAGGCACCUAUGAAGAACAUGUUUAUUCUCAACAUAUACGCUAUGAAAUGCCUCCACCACAUUCUUCUUCAACAAUUAUUGUAGCAAAUCAAUCGCCAGCAUUUUUGCAACCUUUGCGUCAUAGCCCCUAUUGUCCUUUGGAAUUUUGGAAUAUUAGUGAAAGGGCGUCAACUGCUUUACUUAAUACAAAUUCUGCUAUGGAAAUGGCACAAUAUCAGAUUAAGCAAGGUACAAAGCAAAUGCUUUCUUUACCUGACUAUAUAAUUGCAUUUUGGGAUGAUUUUGAAAGGCAACGAGAUAAUAUUCGAUCAGUUGCAAUUUCAAAUAAAAAAAGGAAUCGAAAAUAUAUAAUAAAAGAAGAAUUGGUAGCAAGUACAUUAAAUGAAGCUUCAUAUGAAACUGACCAAGCAAUCUUAAACACUUUGGAUAUGUUGUCACAUCAUGUCCAAGGAUAUGUUAAUGGAUUACAUUUUGAUGUUAAAAAUGAAAAAGUACAACAGCAACAACAAAAACAUGAGCAGAUUUCUUGUUCUCUUGCUGAGUCAGUUGAAUUCAAUGAAAGUUUAAACAAUACUAGUGGUGGUGGACACAUACACACCCACAUGGACAGACUUAUUUUUGACUCACCAAAUAUGAAGCCAAGUACUUCUGGAUUUCGUUGAAAUUUUUAAUAUUUUU